GGAGGGGGUGAGAAGAUGCUGGCCUGCAUCGCGUGCGUGAACAAGGAAGAAGGCGGCGGCCGGGAGCGGGAGCGGGAGCGGGACGGCGGCGGCGGCGGCAGAGACGGAGACACCCCGACAUGCAGGGACCCCGUCAAGUCGCUCACCUCCCAGCUCAAGGACAUGGUGCUGAAGCUGUCGGGGACGCAGAGGCAGGGGAUGCCGAAGCGGGGCGGGUCGCCGCCGCCGAGGGGCCGGACGACGUCCCUGUACCGGAGCGGGUACUACCGGCCGGGCGUGGUGCAGGACGACAUGGCGGUGCCGCCAGCCACGUAUCUGGGCCACGGCGGCGGCACGGCGGCGUCGAGCGCGAGCUCCACGCCGGCGUGGGAGCGGCCGCCGCCCAACGGAGGCCCGGGUGGAGGCGGCGAGGCGGCGGUGCGGGAGUGGGUGGCGCAGGUGGAGCCCGGCGUUCAGAUCACGUUCGUGUCGCUGGCGGGCGGCGCCGGCAACGACCUGAAGCGCAUCCGGUUCAGCCGGGAGAUGUACGACAAGUGGCAGGCCCAGCGGUGGUGGGGAGACAACAACGAGCGCAUCAUGGAGCUCUACAACGUCCGCCGCUUCAGCCGCCAGGUGCUCCCCGACGCGCCCCGCGACGACGACGGCGAGAGGGAGUCCUUCUACUCGCAGUCGCAGGUGGGGUCGACGAUGGGGAGCCCGGCGGCGACGCCGUCGCCGGCGCCGGAGAGCAUCGCGUGGGGCGCUGCCUUCGCCCGCGCGCAGCCCCCCGCAGCGGCCGGCGCCGGACCAGGCGCGGCGCGGCAGCAGAGCUUCCGCGGCCCGCUGUCCCCGCCGCCGCCGUCGUCGUCCAACCCGUCGGAGCGCGCGUGGCAGCAGCAGCAGCACCACCAGCACCAGCAGCCGCAGCGCCAGAACGAGGCCGACGCGCCGGAGCCGGCGCGGACGACCACGUCGUCCCUGCCGGACGACGUGUCCAUCAGCAACGCCAGCGAGCUGGAGGUGACGGAGUGGGUGAUCCAGGACGAGCCCGGCGUAUACAUCACCGUCCGCGAGCUCCCCGACGGCGCCCGCGAGCUCCGCCGCGUCCGCUUCAGCCGUGAGAAGUUUGCGGAGCUCAACGCCAAGCUGUGGUGGGAGGAGAACAAGGAGAGGAUACACGCGCAGUACCUCUGAUCUAGUCUGAAUCUGCAUUGGUAAACUCUGAAGCUAUCACUCUGAUGAAGCUUCAAGCUUUGUGAAGCAAUGGAGGGGGGAAAGAUUAAUCUACUGCUUAAUUACAAGUAAAUAUAGAGUUUAAUUUGUGUUUGGGGUUGGAGCUGGGAAAGAGAGAGAGAGAGAAAGGAUAGGAGGGGGGAGAGGGGAAAGAGAAAUGUUUAUUUAGGGUUUAAUUAGGGCAGUGCCAUGAUGCCCAGACUGUCACUGCAUGCAUGCAUGAAUGCAGGUGUACCAUGUUCAUGUUGAGAACCUGUCACAAUCCUUGACUUGAGUAUGUUUAAUCCUCAUUUCCUAUGCAUGCAGAACAUGUUGUUUCAGCAGUAGUGAUCUUUCAUUCAUC